AUGUCUCUUCCCCUUCAAACAAUUACCGCCCUCCGCGCAACCAUAGACCCCUUCUCCCGCCAAUCUCGCCCGUGCCGACUCUUCCUCUCCCUCCUCCGCACCCCCUCAACGACACCAGCCGGCAGCCCCACGCACAUCAACAUCCAAGUCACGCGGCUCCCGCGGAAUUCGACGCAGCCCCCCGAGAUGACGGUGGUAUUCCGGGGCGGGAAGGAGCUGAAGUUGGAGGUUGGGAAGAGGCAGAUGAAGAUUGGGGAUGUUGUUGAGGAGGUUUCAAGAGUUGCUAGGGGGGUUCAGAGGGAGGAGACUUUGAAGGAGUGA